AUGUUUAAAUAUUUUCAUUUAUUUUUACCAGUUAUUUUUAAUACUGUUUUUGGAUUUGAAAAUGCAUACUAUAUUAUGGUUACUGGAAAGGGAAAAUUAAUUUGUGAAAAUAAACCAGCAGUUAAAGCAGUUGUUGAAUUGUAUGAAAAUCAUUUUGGUGUUGAUAAAUUAUUAAAGAAAAUUAAAGUUAAUGAUAAAGGAGAAAUUUUAUUUAAUUUUCAAAUACCUGGUUUUUUUAAAAAUAAUUAUUAUUUAAAAGUUUUUGAUGAAUGUGGCCUUAUCAAUAACCACCAAUGUAUAAAUGAAAGAAUUAUAAAUUUACCAUUUCAAAUUUCAUUAAAUAAUUUAUCAGUGAGAAAAAAAAUUCUUAACAUCAAAGAAAUUAAUCUACUAGAGAAUAACAUUUAUAUUUUCAAUAAUAUAGUUCAUGUUCAAAAAAGAUGUGAUUUGCAUGAUGACUAUUAUGAUGAGAUCUAUUUGGAUGAUAAGAAAAAUGACAAUGAUAUAUCUAGAUUUGAGAAAAAAAUUUCAAAUGAAAUAAAUAAAGAUAUUAAUAAUGAAAAAGAUGAAAAUUUAAAUAAAAAAAUCGAUUUAAAUAUUUAUGUUAAUAAUAAACGAUUAACAAAUAAAGUAAAAGAUUUUUUUUUACAAAAUAUGAUUUAUAAAAAUUUUUUAAAAUUAUCUGAUUUUAGAAAAUUUUUUGAAAAUAUUUAA